GCACUGCUCUGGCUGGGCGGCCUGGCAACGGCGGCGGGUUGUGUUGGGCUGCGGGACCGAAGGCGUCGGGUCCGCUCCCCCGUCACCGCUGCGGGCUCCCCCCGCCGCCUCACCCCCUGGGCAGGGCGAGUGAGGGGCAGAGGGACCGAGCAGGGCAAUCCCGGAGUCCGGGAGGAGCGGAGGCCGAAUAGUUAACUGAACACUGGCUUGAAGGGAAUGGAUGUGACGUGACCGAGCUGGACUGGAAAUCAAAUCUGCUCAUCAUUCAGCGAGACCUUUGUUGUGAUGAGUUUGUUUCUUUGGAGGCCUGUCCCGAGUUGAAAGCUUGGAAGCACAAAAGGCACAGAAUGGAUGAGUCAGUUUUGCUGGACUUGCUGGAGUGCCCCGUGUGCUUGGAGCGGCUGGACGCCACCGCCAAAGUGCUGCCGUGCCAGCACACAUUCUGUCGGCGGUGCCUGCAGGGGAUCCUGAGCUCCAGGAGCGAAUUGCGCUGCCCAGAGUGCCGGACGUUGGUGGACUGUGGGGUCGAUGACCUCCCGACCAAUAUCUUGCUGGUUCGGUUGCUCGAUGGUAUCAAGCACCGGCCGAGGAGAUCUGGCAAUAGCGGCGUGAAUGGCAAUAACAAUGUCAAUGGUACCACCAGGGUACAAAGCAACGGGAUCGCCACUUCCGCAAAUUGCAGCAUUGCGUUGCGUGAUCUUCAGAGCACUCACCGAGUGCAGGCACGUAGCCCCCCAGUUAGGGGUAUACCUCAACUACCGUGUGCCAAAGCAUUAUACAACUAUGAAGGAAAAGAACCCGGUGAUCUCAAGUUCAACAAGGGUGACAUCAUUAUCCUACGACGACAAGUGGAUGAGAAUUGGUAUCACGGGGAGGUCAAUGGUGUCCAUGGAUUUUUCCCCACCAAUUUUGUUCAGAUUAUUAAACCUUUACCUCAGCCUCCGCCACAGUGCAAAGCACUUUAUGACUUUGAAGUGAAAGAUAAGGAAGCAGACAAAGACUGCUUGCCAUUCUCGAAGGAUGAUGUCUUAACAGUGAUACGCAGAGUAGACGAAAACUGGGCUGAAGGAAUGUUGGGAGACAAGAUAGGAAUAUUCCCCAUUUCAUAUGUUGAGUUCAACUCAACAGCUAAACAACUAAUACAGCUGGAUAAACCUUCAGCUUCCCCAUCUGGAGGUGGUGAUUCAGGAGAAGGAAGCAGCAAUGCUUCAGGGGCUACUCAGAGCAACUCGAGCCAGAAACCCACAGAUAUCACGAAGAAGAACACCAAAAAGCGCCAUUCGUUCACCUCGCUCACCAUGUCUAACAAAGCAUCCCAGUCAUCUCAAAAUCGCCACUCUGUGGAGAUCAGCCCUCCUGUCCUGAUAAGCUCCAGUAACCCAACUGCGGCAGCUCGCAUUAGUGAGUUGGGUGGACUCUCCUGCAGUGCUCCUUCUCAGGUCCACAUCAGCACUACUGGUUUAAUAGUCACACCACCACCCAGCAGUCCCGUCAAUACGGCACCUCCAUGUGCCUUCCCUCCAGAAGGCACCUACUCUGUUGCUCCUGGGGAGAACCACCCGCCACCACCACCGCCACCCCCCUCGAAUGCUACAGUUACGACAUGUGCUUCUAGUUCCCCACGACCAUCACUGGGACCAGUGGACCAAGUGGCACAUCCAAGGCCACAAGUGCGACCGAAUAUGUAUGUUGCUUUAUAUCCAUACACACCCCGGAAGGAAGAUGAGCUUGAGUUGCGAAAGGGUGAGGUAUUUCUCGUGCUUGAGCGUUGCCAAGAUGGAUGGUUCAAGGGAACGUCAAUGCACCACGGGCAAAGAUUGGUGUUUUUCCAGGAACUACAUGGCUCCAGUAACAAGAGCACCUCCUGGAACAGGACAGUCCAAAUUGUCAGCAGUAGUAACGGCACAGGUUGGGCGAGGAGUCACCACAGUCGUGCCUUUGCCAGCACCUCAAUCCAAAAAGUCCUGAAAUGGCCUGGACUUUGGCCGACCCAUCAGUCGACGCCUCCACUCCCCACAGCAGUGAUAUCAGCGGCACAUAUACAGGCCACCAAUCCACAGGCCAAAGUUCUGAUGCACAUGACUGGUCAAAUGACAGUUAACCAGGCCCGCAAUGCAGUUCGAACAGCCGUCGCCCAGGGCCAGGAGAGACCAACUGCAGCAGUGACUCCCAUCCAAGCCCACAACCCGGCCUCUCCCAUCCCCACAACUCCAGUCGCUCACCAACAAACUGUCUCCCUGCCGCACCCGCAGCAGGCCCUGCAGACCGUACCCCCCUUUGCGGUGGUCACGGCUCCCACGGCAGCCAGGCUGGGGGUCGCUCUCACCUCCGCCGCGUCCGCCAUAACUCCUCCGAACGUCAGUGCCGCGGCGCUGGAGGGAGAGCAGUCGAGUGUUGCCAACUGCGUCGUUCCAGCGGUCCCCACCACCGCAGCCCCGAUGACCUCCGCUGCUGGUAAAUUUGAGAAGGAGAGCAGGGAAAAGAAGGAAAAGAAAAGUUUUCUGAAACUCCUGUCUGGCGCAUCCACAAAGCGGAAGUCCCGCCCUUCGCCUCCAUCCUCGCCCACACUAGAAUCUGAACAGGCUGCUUCAGAGACUUUGCUCCAGGGAGCUGUGGGGCCAGAGGUCCCUUCAGGCGUGAGCCACAGCAGAGCUGGGUCCUGUCCUGUGGAUACAGAAACUAUAGGAGCAAUGUUCGAAACGCUCCAUCGAAAGACUGCUUCUUUGGAUUCCGGUGUCCCCAUCGCCCCUCCUCCAAGGCAGCCUUGUUCAUCCAUGGGUUCGGUUCAGCUGGAAUCCAAAUCCAUACCCUGUGAAAGGUACAGAGUUGUUGUGUCCUACCCCCCUCAGAGCGAGGCCGAGCUGGAACUAAAAGAUGGCGACAUCGUAUUCGUGCACAAGAAGCGCGAGGAUGGUUGGUUCAAGGGCACCCUGCAGCGAAACGGAAAAACCGGACUCUUUCCAGGCAGCUUUGUGGAGAGCAUCUGAGACUGCUUACGAAGCACAUGCAUGCCACCUGCACCCAAGAAGUUCAUAAAGCACACACGACAGUCUGAUUAGCAGAAUAUUGCACCAUGGCAGCAGUAGUGCUUUAUAACAGCAGAAGGCAUCAGCUGUUUGGAUAUUUUAUUUUCGAGUUUCCAGACAUAUGAGAUGUGCACGUCAGGAGUCAUUCACUGGAGAGCAGUUUGUGAGAUUCAUUACAGUUCAUUCUGUGCCUUUCACCGUCACAGAGUCCAUCACUUGCUCUUUCUUUAGUGAAUCGAGGCAGUAGCCACACUCUGGCACUCGUAAUGAAAUCAACUGUUUACAAAGAAGCUGUAAUUACAAACAAAACUUUGUAACUUAUUGGAUUAGAUUUUUUAUAGUCUUUGAUCAUCAUGUAAAGUGAAAGUUCUAUAAUGUCAAGUGUUGAAAGUUGUGAUAAUUUAUAAGUGUUAUUGUCUGAGAGGGGGAGCUGGAUUUUCUCCUCGUAGUUCAGUUUGACGUAGUACCUCUUCUACACAAAACACUCCCUUUUAUCUCCAUUGCUGAUUGCUGGCUUAGUAAAUUUAUAAGGGGCGUAAUCAAGGAUUUGUGCAAGAUUGUACGGUGGAUUCGCGUGUAGCAGCGACGUAGGUGGGAGAUAGUGUCAGCCUGUAGUGUAAGUUGUAGCAGUUUGUGAAUUGGAUUGACUCGUCGUACAGACGGCUCCAUGACAUUAGGAAAAUCCCAAGCGGAAACUGAGUUGAUGGUGUAAAUCUCAAAACAAAACAGAAUUCUCCACUCUGCAAAAUUCUUAAAUCCUGAGCCACUCACAACAUGUUGGUUGUGACCAAAGCCACACAUUUGUGGCUUGCUCAAGUAAAAGUAGAUGGCACAGAAAACUACAGUUGCCAAAACACUGCAGAAGUGUCGGGCAGUCUGGUUAGACCCAACGUUGGACCCAACGUGCAGUAGAUCAGUACCCCUCACUUCUUCCCUUGACGAUGUGCAUGUUGCUCAUAUUCAAAAUGGCUGUAUUGACUGUUUCUUAACUUGUCUGUGGUUCAGGUCAGGAGACAUGCAGUUGGGAAUAUCAGUCCCCUUUUGGUUGAUUUUUUAAAGAAAAAGUUCUCUGAUUAGAAUCUUUGUGUAAUCCUCCUCCAAGUCUGUCUAGUCUUGGAUGCAAGUUGCACCUGAAAUCAUUUAUUUCACGGACCUUAAACCUGCAGUGUAGCACUAGGGAGGGCAGGAAGGGCUUCUAGUAUCAUGGUAGUACUCUAUCCAGUGUGUUGAGGCUAGUUUUAAGCUAGGUAAGGACCUUUUGUUACAGCCUCCACCAUGCUUCAGUGGACACACAGCACCCUUGAAGUAUUAUGGCGUAGUGCCAAUCAUCCUAUGCUUAAAUCCUUUAGGCAUGCACAGAAACAAAAUUGUGCACUUGAGUGAAAUUAAAGGAGUAAUCAUUGCAUAUCUAACUGGACUAUUUAAAUGUGUGAAAUCAUCUGGGCUGGAGGGCUGAUCGUCAGUGUUUCUUGUGGCAGAUUGCAACCAAUGUCUUGAUGAAUCUGGCAUUGGAUGAAAUGUUCUUCAAAAUAAAUUACAAGGGAGCAGUUAAUGCAAACCCAAAACCCAGAAUGUAGGAUUUUUCAAAGCUAAAAUAUGAGCUAAUGGCUUUGUCUUGACAUGUCUAUCUCAUAAAUAAAGCACAGCCACUUAGUAUCUA